AUGGCGGAGUUUCCUAGUACUGUUGCACCUGAACUUUUUAAAGGGUUGAAGUUUUGUGUCAUUGAUGAUGGUGAUUUUGUUGAUAAGAUCAAAGCAUUACUUUUGGAAGGUGGUGGAAGUCACAAUAGUUAUCUCUCUGAUAUGGUGACGCAUGUUAUAUGUGAUAAUCCAGAUGACCCAGCUGUUAGUGAAGCAUUAGAAUUGUUUGAAAAACCAGUUGUUACAAGCCGUUGGGUGAUCCUUUCAGCUAAAUGUAAUAAACUGCUGCCACUUGCUGGUUUUUCACCAGUGAAAAGUCAACUUUUCUUUGGUCUUGUGUUUUGUUCAACACAGAUAAGUGUUCCUGACAAAAAAAAGUUAUGGGCCAUGGCAACGUUUUAUGGAGGAUCAUUUCACUUAAAUUAUACCAAAGAAUGCACACAUUUAGUUGUAGGAAAACCAGAAGGAGAAAAGUACAUGAAAGCUCUUCAAACUGAGACAGUGAAAGUAGUAACUCCAGAUUGGAUUUCUGACUCAGUUCGAAAUAAAAAUAUUUGUGAUGAAGAUUUGUAUCAUCCGCGUCUAUUGAUCAUACCUCAGCCUGAAAUUCCUGAACCUGAAAUACCAUCCCCACCAUCUCCAACACUUUCAUCUACUCUUAUGUCAUUAGAUAAAAUUAAUCUUGACAACAGCAUACCUAUUACUGGACAACAGUCUGAUCAAUUGGUUUUAGAAAAUUUCUCGAGGCAGAUGAAAAGUUAUGGUAAUAAAACUUCGGAUAAUGCACUUGGGAAUUUACCUGAUUUGAAUAAUAUCAAAAUUGAACCAAAUUCUUCCCAAUUUACAACAGAUCAACAAGCUUUACUUGCAGCCCGAGCAUCUGGUAUUCAACCUUCCCCUUUACAGAUAAAUAUUGGUAGUAGAUUGCAAACACCCCCUUCUCCACAAAAUUCAUAUCAACAAACAUUACAACAUCAACAGAUGCUGCAACAGGGAGAGCAAAAAUUGAAUCAAGCCUUGCAGCAAAUACAAGCUCAGCAGCAGCAGCAACAACAACAACAACAACCCCAAAUACAGCACCGACUUCAAUUACAAGGGCCUCAAUCUCAAGUACUUCAACAAAAAGUGCAAUGGCAGCAGCAGAGAAUGACUUUAGCUCAACAGCAGCAACUGCAGCAACAUUUAUUGCAGGUUCAGAGACUUCGACUUUUGCAACAACAGCAACUUAUUAAUCGGCAAGGUCUUCAACCUCAGCAAUUGAUUCAGCUUCAACAAAAUGUUCAAUCACAAAUCCAGCAACCAACAAAUUCACAAGUACAACAGCAAUCACAGUCUGUCCAGGCUCCUGUUCAGAAGCAGACAUUGCAAUCACCUAUACAUGCCCAACAAAUAUCACUUCAACAAGGAUUGACUCCACAAAAUCAACAAACACUAAUGCAAACUCAACAUUUGCAACAAUCUAAUAAAUCCAUUAAUUUUCAGUUACAAACACAAAUGCGGCAACAACAACAACAACAGCAACAGAAUUUGACACCGUUACAGCAACAAGCUUUACAAAAACAUCAGCUCCAACAACAGCUUCAGCAACAAUUAUUAAAACAACAACAUCUUCAGCACUUACAACAGCAACAACAACAGCAGCAAGCUCAAAUCAAUCAACAGAGAGCUCUAACUCAGUCUCCUAAUAUGCCACCAUCCCCACUUCAUUUGUCUCAACAAAGUAUUUUGCAACCGUCACCAAGACAGUCUCCUCUACAGCAUUCACCAUUACAACAGUCUCCAUUACAGCACUCUCCACGGCAGCACUCUCCGCAACAAGCUCAGGCUCAACAACCUGUACAGUUGCAGCAUCAGCCAUCUCCAUUACCUGGUCAGCGACCUCAAACACCUUUACAGCAAGCAUCACCACAACAAACUCUUCAUCAGCAAAUUACUGUUCCUCUCUCUCCUUUGCAACAAGCUCAGCAAGUUGCACUAGAAAAGGCUCAACAUUCUGCUGCUGAGAAACAAUUACAACAAACUGAAUUAAUUAAAGCCCAGUUGCAACAAGCUGCUUUAGAAAGGGCACAGUUUCAAAAAGCAAUUUUUGAAAAAGCGAGGCUGCAACAAUCGUUAGAAAAAGUGCAGUUGCAUCAAGCUGCAUUGGAGAAAACUCAGUUGCAAUCUGGAUUUGAUAAUUCAAGCCUUCAGCAAACUUUAGUUUCACAUUCUCAAUUGCAGAGAAAUUCCAGUCAAAUACAUUUGCCUCAAGCUUCUGCACAGCAACUGCAACAACAAAUUCAUCAAAUGCAAUUGCAGAAAGCUUCAUUGCAGCAAUCUCAAUCCGUUUCACAACCUCAUCAGUUACAAUCACUUAAUAAAGCUGAAUUACCAUCAAAUUUACAACAGCAUCACCCUUCUCAGUUUUCUAUUCAGCAAGUGCAACUACAAACUGCUGCCAAAUCAAAUCAACAUCAAGGGCAAUUGCAACAAUUGCAGCAACAGGGAUCUGUUCAGAGGUUACAACUACAGCAGCAACUCCAACAAGGCAAUUCAACUGUUCAGCAACUUCAACAAAGUUCACCUGUGCAAAGAUUACAAUUGCCACAAGGGUCAGCGGUUCAAAGAUUGCAAUUGCAUAGUUCACAACUACAACAGCUUCAACUUCAACAACAAAAUUCAUCUCUUCAGUCUUUGCCUGCUUCAACUGUACAGCAGUUGCAACUUCAUCAACCAAAUUCAUCUCAACCUUUGCAGACAACUACUACAUCUCAACAUUUGCAGCUUCAGCAAGGAUCAGCACAACAAAUUCAGAAUUCCCAGCAAUUACGUAUGCAGCAGGGAUCUCCUGCCCAACAGAUACAACUGCAGCAAGGAUCACCUGCACAAAUGCCUCAAGGUUCUCCUGCCCAUUUGCAACAGGGUUCUCCGGCUCAGCAAUCAUUACAGUUACAAGGUUCUCCUAGUCAGCUGCAACAAGGAUCUCCAGCACAGCAUUUACAGUUAUCUCAAGGCUCACCUGCUCAGCAUGCACAGCUGCAUCAAAACAUUAAUCAAAUCCAGCAAGUGUCUUCACAGUUACAGUCAGUGCCUUCACAAACUGUUCAACUCCAACAAGUGCCUUCUCUUCAAAUAACUCAAGGUCAAACUCAACACUCACAACUACAAGCACAGUCUCUUACACAAUUACAAUUAUCUCAACAGCAGCAAGUACAACUUCAGCAAUCAAAUAAUCAACAAAUCAAACAAGCAUUACUACAAAGAGCUCAACAAGUUGCUGCACAACAACAAGCACAGCAACAUCUUCAGCAUUCAGCAGCCCAGCAAGUAUUGUUAAAGCAAGUAUCAUCCCAAAGUCAAAAUUCUCAAAAUUCUUCAUCUAUUCAACAGACCUCUCAAAAUAUUAAUCCACAAAUUUCAUUACAACAAACUUCUGUCCAACAAGUUCAACUUCAGCAUGUGUUACAACAAGCUCGUCUUCAGCAGUUACGGCAGCAACAAGCACAGUUACAGCAGUCAAUAACCCAAAGUAAUAACUCCCAAAAUGUGGGAAACAGUCCUCAGGUUGGUUUACAGCAGUCUACAUCAUUGCAAUCCUCUCCAUCUCAAAUUCAAAUUUCAAACCAACAGUCUAAACAGUCAUUACACUCUCCUCAAGGAAAUCAAAUUCCUCAAACAGCUCAACAGCCUCGACUUGCAUCUCCCCUUCAACAAGCACAGUUGCAACAACUUACUCUUCAGCAAGCUCAAGUGCAGAAAGCUUCGUUAUCACAGACAAUUUUACAACAAAAUCAACUUCAAUCGCAAUUGCAACAAGUGCAACUUCGGCAGGCUGCUUUGCAACAAGUAAGAUUGCAACAACAAGCUAGUACUUCAACUCAGUUAAACCAACAAGGAUUACCUAGAACUCCGCAGCAAUCAUCUAUUCAAACUCAAAUAAUCACAAAGCAGAUUCAUUUACAACAGUCUCCUCCCCAAGCUUUACAACAAACACAAACAAAUCAACCUGCAUCUCAAGUUCAACAACCAAGGUAUACUAGCCAAUUGACUUCCUCAGUGCGACCUGUACAGAAACAAUUUACUUCUGGUAUUACUGGUAACUCUAAUGCUACAUCUAUGCAUGGUCAACCUCCUGUUCAAGGAUUGCAGCAGCAACAGCAACAAUUAUUGCAACAAAGACAGCAAUUACAGCAACAAUUAGCUUUGCAGCAACUGCGUCAGAGACAAUUACAGCAGCAACAGCAGCAACUACAAAAUUCUCAGACAUCGCCUCAGCAAGCUGUUCAGCAAAUUUUGGCUGGUCAACCUCAAGUCAUGAUGAAACCUCCUCCCCAGUAUCCAUAUGAUCGUCAGCAACUACAAGGUCAACCACGAUUGCAGUAUCCAACGCAUCCAAGGCAACUAUCUCCACAGCAGCAACAACAACAACAUCCUCGUGCACCAUGGCAACAAGUUGCAGGUCAACAGUCCCAGUUCUUAAGGCGUUCUCCUGGUGCAAAUCCUCCUCCAUCUCCUCAGUGGCAAGUUCCACAAUCAUCACCAAAAGAUGAAUUAGCUCCUAGCUCUCAAGCUGCAACAUCUCCUCAACAAACUACCUGGUCUCAAAGACAACCAGUUCCAACAGUUGAAGCUCGAGAAAUUGCCACACCUGUGUCACAAGCAUCAUCCCAACAAGUAGUUUGGCAACAAAACCAACCUCAGCAGCGUGACCUUAAUCAACCCCCACUUCAGCCAUCUCAAUUAAUACAGUGGCAGCAACUAAAACAGCUUGAAUUGAGACGACAGCAACAAUUAUUACAACAGCAAAAUGUUGUGCAAAGACCAGCUUCACAAUCUCAGUUUGCUCAGCAAUCUGAUCAGUCAAAUCAAGCAGGUCAGCGAAUGGCUGUUCCUUCACAAACGCAUCAAACUUUGGCUGUUCCUGCCCAGUUCCAACCUCAAAACACACCCGCUGUUUUGUCUCAAACAUCUCCUGGUUCAGUCGCUCACAAUACACAACCUCCAACUCAAGUUACUCCUAAAACAAAGACUGCUCUUGCAAACUUGCUCAAUACUAGAUUACAAACUACUGGCCGUGCUACAGAUAAUGAGUGCCCCCAACCUGUAAUAAGAACAACACAAAUGAUGACACAGCCAACUCAGUCAGUAUCUCGAAGACCAAGUUCUGAGAACAUGACUGUUAUUCAUACUUCAAAUCAGGUACCUGCGGAAAGAACUCAAGUUCCUCCAAUCCAGCCAGUCAUUUUCUAUGGACAUGAUCCUAAAAUAAAUGUUCCACCUGAUUUGUGUUUAUUAGGAUGUAUAUUCAACAUUGAGGAAUAUGAUAAGUCAUUGGAAGCUGAUAAAUUGGACAUGUGGAAAAAAGUGAUAGAACAUCAUGGUGGAGAACUUGAAACUUCAUAUACCAGUAGAUGUACACAUGUCAUUUGUGAAAGUCAGAGAAACUCUGUGGUUCAACAGGCAAUGAGGGAAGGUAAACGAUGUGUGACAGCAUUUUGGUUAAAUGAUGUUCUCUCAAAAAAGAAAUUGAAGCAACCAUGGCUUGCCCAUCAUCUUCCUACCCCAUUUUUAGAUGAUAAACCAUGCAAAAACGAAAUCAUCACAAUUUCUAAUUUUGAGCCAGAAGAGAGAAUUGCUUUGAAACAUAUUAUCAACAUUUUGGGGGCUAAGUAUACUGGAUAUAUGUCUUCACAUAACACAGUUCUCGUUUGUAAAAGGAAAGAAGGAAAGAAAGUUCAUCAUGCGCAGGAUUGGAGGAUCCCUGUAGUUAAUGUUCAGUGGCUUCAUGAUUUGCUAUUUGGGCACUUUGAUGCUUUAAGAUUACCAAUGGCCCAUAAAUAUCAACAGUUUGAAGCUGAAAAUCCUUUCAAUAUUGAUUAUGCAUUAGUGCCUCAUCUUAUGGCUGCCUGGAAAGUUCCCGUGAAGAUAAGUGAAGAAUUAUUGAAGAAACAUGUGCUCCUUGAAAAUAAAGAAAAUAAUGCAAAUGAUUCCACUGAAUCUACUGAAAAAAAGGAUAUUUCUGGCAAAAGAGAAAAUGAAGAUCAGUUAGAAUCAGAUGCAAAGAGAAUGCGUGUGGAAUCGCCACCACUUGAAGAGAACAUCCCACUGACUACGCAGAAUCCUCCUGAUAGUGAGAAUAAACCUCGAGUUUUGUUUUCUGGUUUAAAUGUAAUCAAAGACUAUGCAAAGAUUGUUUGUCAACUUGGAGGAUGCCUGGCAAAGUCUGCUUCAGAAUCAACGCACCUUGUUGCCAAUCAGUAUGUUAGGACUGUAAAGUUCCUAUGUGCAGUUCACGUUGUCAAAUAUAUUGUGUCAACUGAUUGGCUUACAGAAUGUGAGAAACAAAAUAAAUUUGUUGAUGAAGAGCCAUAUAUUCUUCACGAUCCUGAAAAUGAAAAAAUUUUUGGCUUCAACUUUAAUAUAACACUAAAAAGGAAUGACAGGACACCUAUAUUUAAAGAUUUCAUAUUCUUUAUCACGCCUGGUGUAUAUCCUAAGCCUGAUGUUUUGAAACUAAUCAUUGAAACUGGUGGUGGAGUACCUGUGUACAAAAAAGCCCCUACCUUAAAGCAAGUUGCAGCUUUGGAGCAGGGAGGCAAGAAAUUUGCAAUUAUAACUUGUGAUAAUGAUUUGCAUUUGUGCAAAAUGUAUCUCAAUAAAAAAAUAAGUGUACAAAAUGUUGAAUUUAUACUGACCGGGAGUGUCCGCCAAGAACUGGACUUCACAUCUUUUGCCUACACGUCAUGAAACUUUCCAGACAUUCACUGAUUUACAAUUUUGCAUAAAAGUAUUGUAUACUUAUUUGUCACCAGAAAGACAUUGUAUCAUGUUGUAUAGAUGAAAUCACAAAUCUGCCUUUAUGUGCAAUAAUUUAUCAUUUUGUAAAUAUUGUAUAAAAUACAAUCAAUAAAUUUUAUUUUC